AUGACUCGGAUUAAGUCUGCCUUCUCGUGCUGUGCUUCCCAGGACGGUCUUGACGCGGAGGCCCGACAUGCUCGUAUCGUCACAGUUACCAAUGGGCCCUACCACGGCCGACUGGCGCAGAAAUACCACGGCAACCCUCCAGACUACCGGGACAUUGCGCAGCAACCUCUGAUACGUCUCGAUGAAAAGAACCCGGCAGACUUCCAUCUGAGUAUCGAGGCUUCGAACCAGUCGUCGCGGCCGGCAUCACCCAAUUCCUCACUGGUCUCGGUUCCCUCCACACGGGUGACAGAUUUGACCGCCCUGCAAACGGGAGAUACCGCCCUGACGUCCGCGAGAGGAAGCAUGGAGCGAACCUUGACAUACGAAAGCAGACCACCCUCAUACUACUCAAAUCUCAGAAGAAGUCCAAGUCCGAUUUCCUCUGCUGGCUUAAACAGCGACGCCGAAAGAGAUGAAGUCUGGCAACACCCGGUCAUGAGAAGCAAUUGGCUAGAGACACUACGGCAGGAAGCUCGCAGGCACGCUGCAUUUGUUGAGGCGAGUGGAGAGCCCAUCACUAUCAGUGCAAGAGCAGCAGACCCGAGAUGA